AUACGCUCGGCCUCUCCUCAAUCUCCCUCACACCCAUUUUUCCGUUUUUCCCAUUAUUGGUUUCUCACCCAUUUCCGCGUAAUUCUCUUCCUGAAGCUUUUCUUUCUCUUUCCCGCAAGAUUCGCACGCCGGAUUUUCACUUGGGAGGUUGCAGAGUAGCAUCAAUGGCGUCGGAGAAGAGGGUAGAUCUGGACGGCAACCCCAUUAAGCCGAUUACCAUAUGCAUGAUUGGCGCUGGUGGAUUCAUUGGCUCUCACCUCUGUGAGAAGCUUAUGGCCGAAACGCCCCACAAGGUUCUUGCUCUGGAUGUUUACAGUGACAAGAUUAAGCACCUUCUUGAACCUGAUUCGCUCCCUUGGGCCGAUCGCAUUCAGUUCCACCGUCUCAAUAUCAAGAAUGAUUCCAGGCUCGAGAGCCUCAUUCGAAUGGCAGAUCUGACAAUAAAUCUUGCUGCGAUCUGUACGCCGGCGGAUUACAAUACGCGACCACUUGAUACCAUCUACAGCAAUUUCAUCGACGCAAUCCCUGUGGUUAAAUACUGUUCCGGGAACAACAAGCGUCUCAUACACUUUUCAACUUGCGAAGUGUAUGGUAAGACAAUUGGAAGCUUUCUUCCAAAAGAUAGCCCUCUUCGUCAGGAUCCAGCUUAUUAUGUUUUGAAAGAGGAUGCCUCUCCUUGCAUCUUUGGCCCUAUUGACAAGCAAAGAUGGUCAUAUGCAUGUGCGAAACAAUUGAUUGAGAGGCUGAUUUAUGCUGAGGGUGCAGAAAAUGGGAUGGAUUUUACGAUCGUAAGACCGUUUAACUGGAUCGGGCCAAGGAUGGACUUCAUUCCUGGCAUUGAUGGCCCAAGCGAGGGUGUUCCAAGGGUCCUAGCAUGCUUUAGCAAUAAUCUCCUUCGCCACGAGCCACUGAAGCUUGUGGAUGGCGGCCAAUCCCAAAGAACUUUCGUAUAUAUUAAGGAUGCGAUUGAAGCUGUUCUUUUGAUGAUUGAAAACCCAUCGAGGGCCAACGGCCAUAUCUUCAAUGUGGGCAACCCCAACAAUGAAGUAACAGUGAAGCAGCUUGCUGAAAUGAUGACUGAGGUUUAUGCAAAGGUAAGCGGGGAACCUGCGCUCAAGUCGCCGACCAUCGAUGUAAGCUCUGAAGAAUUCUAUGGUGUGGGUUAUGAUGACAGCGAUAAGCGAAUUCCCGACAUGACCAUCAUUAACAAGCAGCUCGGUUGGAACCCGAAAACUUCACUUUGGGACCUGCUGGAAUCGACUCUGACCUAUCAACAUCGAACAUACGCGGAGGCGAUCAAGCAGACGACAGCGAAACCAGCUGCAUCCAGCUAGAUAAUGUGAUGCCGUUUACUUUCUGGUCAUUCUUUUCUUCACGGAAGAGUUUUCUAUUUGUAAUAUGUGGCCGUGUCCAAACUUUUCCAAUUCUUUUCUGAGAUUAUAACUAUAUGUUGAUGGAUGAGUCCCACAUUAGUAACAAUUUUUUUUUUCUUGGUUUUGAAAUGUGGUAGUUGAAUAGGCGAUAUGUGUAGCCCUGUUGGGGAAAAGACUCGAUGGUAUAUGUAAAAUGAUUGAAAAUUUCAAGCUUGGACUACAAGUUGAGGAGGGAGAAUACAAGUAAUCUGCUACUACUUUUCUGUCUUC